GCGCCACACAAGCUGCUGUUGGCGGUGGCAGUCGAGCAAGACACAGACAGUAGAGCGAGAGAGAGAGAGGGAGAGAGAGAGAGAGAGAGAGAAGAACUUAGCGCAGGAGUUGGCUGGCUUUCGCAUCAGACGCGCAGCACAGUGUGUGCCCGAGAGAGCAGAGACGACGACGACUUCGACGAGAGUUGUGCUGUUGCUACUGCAUGCAGGGCUAUAAUAUCGUUACUUUCGCCUGCUGUUAUUAUUAUCAUUACUACUGCUACUGUCGUGUGUGUGCUAAUAAUUGAGCCGUGCGCGAGUGUGUGCCGUUGCUGUGAACUAGCUUCCGCGCGCGCGAGAGAGAGAGAAAAAAAGUAGUUUUCUCCUCUCUGGCCGCUGUAAGUCGUCGUCGUGUGUCCCGGAGAGUCUUGCCGUGAAAGUAGUGUGCGUGAGAGAGUGCAGCGCGGGGCCGAGGAGGCCGAGGACGGAGCUGUGCUAUUCCCUCGGAGGGUAUACAUAACCCCCGUGUGCGCAAGAGACAAACAACAGAAGAGGACGAGCUGCGCUGCUUCUGCUGCCCGAACGUCCAAAUUGGUCCAAGCUCGUCGCCGCCUAGUCCCAACGGAAAUCAUCUCCCCACCCAGCAUCGGCACCAAGUUAGAGCGAGGCUUGUCGAGAUCGCGGACGUCGGUCCAGGGCCGGCGUCGCGAGUCGAUCGCCGAGGUGGCGGGCCAACGUCGACGAAGGUGGCUGCAUCUCAGCCUCCAAGCAUCAGCGCAGAUCUAACGCCGCGCAGCAGCAUCAAGUUCGUCAUCACGACGCCAGUCGCAGGAGGGCUAAGGACAAGGCCGCGAGGCCUAGUUCGCUAGGGCCGAGGCUCGCUUCAAACUGGCGGGCAACCUGGCGCGCUCCCCCGUCGUCGUGGGCGGAGGAGGUGGCGGCGGCGGCGGUAGUGGUGGUGGAAGUGGCGGUAACAAUAACGGCGGAGGUGGUGGCAGGAAUAACAAUGCCGGUAACGGCGGCAACAACAACGGCGGGAACAACAGAGCUGCCGCGGUUGCGGCGGCUCACGCGGCUGCCGCGGCUGUUGCCGUCGACGGGAACAACGCAGCCGCUGGAGCUGCCGGUAAUGCUGGACCUAUACUUGACUGGGAGGAGAACGACAGGUUCUCGUUCGAGGACUCCGACAGAUUUGAAGAGGAUUCGCUCUGCAGCUGGAGCAGCGAGCCCGAGAGCAUCUGCAACAAUUGGAGGGGCUGGAAGAGACCCAUCACCGCGUUUGGCACGUCCAAGAAGUCGGCUGAAGAUGGACAGCAAGUACCGACGCUAUGCGAGCUGGCAGCCCGUUGCGUCGCGUCGCACAUACCGUUCGAAUUGGUGGAGCACUUUUACUCGCCGGUACCGGAACAGUUGCAGCUCAGGAUAGCCUUCUGGAGCUUCCCGGAUAACGAGGAGGACAUAAGGCUCUACUCCUGCUUGGCCAAUGGCAGCGCUGACGAGUUCCAGCGGGGAGAAGCGCUCUUCCGUUCCAGAAAUGUCAAGGAUCCACUUCAGAUUGGUUUUCAUCUGAGCGCAACGGUCACCGCGCUGAUGGUCUCGGCGAGUGGCUUCCGCGAGCAGUACAACGUUGCGGUGACAUUCGACCGGCGACGGAUCACGUCCUGCAACUGCACCUGCUCCUCGGCUGCCUACUGGUGCUCUCACGUCGUCGCGGUUUGCCUCCACAGGAUACACAUGCCCACGCAAGUGUGCCUGCGAGCGCCGGUAUCGGAAUCCUUGUCCCGCCUGCAGCGUGAGCAGCUCCAGAAGUUCGCCCAGUACCUCAUCAGCGAGUUGCCGCAGCAAAUUUUGCCGACGGCUCAGAGACUCCUGGACGAGCUUCUCUCGGCGACGCCGAGCGCGAUUAAUACCUACUGCGGGGCGCCCGACCCCACAGCCGGCGCUUCGGCCAACGAUCAGACCUCCUGGUACCUCGACGAGAAGACGCUGCAUGACAAUAUCAAGAAGAUACUCAUCAAGUUCUGCGUUCCUGCGCCCAUAGUUUUCAGUGAUGUAAACUACUUGAGCACGACGGCACCUCCAGCAGCCGCAGAAUGGUCGUCCCUUCUGCGCCCGCUGCGAGGCCGCGAGCCCGAGGGCAUGUGGAAUCUGCUGAGCAUCGUUCGCGAGAUGUUCAAGCGCACCGAUCGCAACGCCAUUCCCCUCUUGGAGAUCAUCACCGAGGAGUGCAUGGCUUGCGAGCAAAUUCUCGUCUGGUGGUUCAACACCAAGGUCGCCCUGCUCAACGGCAACGGCCACGGUGGUGGCAAGCACGGCAAUAUGAACAGCAACGCCCAUGCGUCGCAGCACGCCUGCUCCUCGCUCUGCGACGAGAUCGUCGUUCUCUGGAGGCUGGCCGCUUUGAAUCCCGGACUGUCGCCGUCCGAGCGCGAGAUGCUGCAUGGACAGUUCACUGCUUGGCAUAUGAAGAUCAUAGAUAAGCUGACGAAGAUUCGAGGUACGACGGUGUCGCAGAACUCGCACAACCGCAACAACGGCGGAGGACAGAAGGACUCUUUGAAAACUGAUCUCGAACUCUUUAUCGGGUUCAAGCCAGCGCUGGAGGCCUGCUACUUGGACUGGGAGGAGUACACGCUCCCUGGCAUAACUUACACGGCUAGCAGCAACCCCAUGUACCACUGUCCCUUCACGUGCUUUAGGCAUACCGGAGACGCUAGGAAUGAAGUGAACCAGGUCAACUCGAGCUCCGCAGUGCUGAAUUGCCAGCCGCCGACGUCUCAUCACCACAGCCGCAGGCAUCCCAGUCUUGGCUUAGUAGAAUUUAGCUUUAUGGACCGCAGAAGACUGAAUCCUCGAGACUUCCCGGGACUGUGCUCACGAGCAGGUGGCGGCGGUAACGACGGCAAUCGCAGCAGCGACAGCAGCGAGGGCUUCUGCGAGAACGACGGCGAUAUCGCUGAUAUGCCCGAAUUACCCGUUGUGUUGGUUAGGCGAGGCAUUAACCAGAUGAAUAACUGCUGCGACACCGACUCACAGGAAGGUGGUGGCAGUGAGUCCUCGUCGAACAGCAACGUGAGUCUGAAGAACGCCCAGGGUUCGGAUCAACUGCGCUCGAAUGCCUCUUCGGAAACCCACAGCGACACGAGCGACAGCAGUCUGCAGAAGCCGUCAACGGUGGCAGCUGCAACGGCUAUAGCGUCCACGUCAGAAGCUGCAAACAAGAGCAACAGCAGCAUCAGUAGCAGUGGUUCCGUAGCGGGGUCCUCGAGUUCUGCCGUCGCGGGCAGCAGCUCCUCGCAUUUGAAGGCCCCGACCGCGGCCGAGUACCGCGAAGCUGUAAACGCCGGUGCCGCAGUCGCCUCGUCGGUCGUCGUGGUUGGUGUUCCACCGACGGCUGCAGCUGCGCCUGUUGCCAAUGGUACGACAGCGAAGAAGACUGGCGAGCGACAACAGCAGGAAUCCGACCAAGAGAAGGAUCCAUCCAGGAGGCCGUCCAAGGACGAGAGCUCGUCGUCGAGCAGCGACAGUCCGUCCGGUGACGAGUACAACGUGUAUUAUUACGACGCCAAGGCUGCGGUCAAUAAUGCCGCGAGCAAGGAUCCGAAAGCCGAGGCGAACGGCUCGGCAGCUGCUAAUAUCAGCACUAUUUUAGGUAAUCUUAAGAAGACUGAAGACCCAUGGGACAUUCUCUUUGCAAGAGCAGAGGGGCUCUACGCUCACGGGCACACGCGCGAGGCUUGCAUCCUCGGCGUAAAAUUGGCCGAAGAGUUGCUGGCGAACCCACCGGAUCUCAUGAUUGAAGUGCCUCCUAUACCUGUGAAAGGGAGGAAGAAGAAGCAACAAGUGAAUCCAGCUUCUCAUCAGCUAACGUGUUCAGCAUCGGCAACACUAGCGAAAUGCGGUUUUCUUUGUACAGUUCUAACCGAAAACCCAGAAUACUAUAAUUUGGCCUUUAGAGUUGGCCUGUUCGGAUUAGAGAUGGCUAGACCACCUGCGAGUACGAAACCACUAGAGGUGAAAUUGGCACAUCAGGAGAGCGAACUCGUAAAUUUGCUCAAACGUAUACCCUUAGGACCAGAGGAAUUAGCUAUGGUCAGACAGAGAGCCAAGCAACUGAGAGAUGGAGUACUGCGCUCCAGAGGUCACGCCUUGCUGCCAAUCAUGUUGGCGAGCUUCAUCUUCGACGCACUGAAUACGCCAAGAAUGAAACUGCCCACAGACGUAGACGAGAACUUGGGCUUCGAUGCAGCCGUCGCAGCUCUUGGACUAAAGGCGAACGUCAGCGAGGCGGACCAUCCGCUGCUUUGCGAAGGAACUCGGCGUCAAAGGGGAGAACUUGCUAUUACUCUUCUGGUUCACUACAAGGAUGAACCGAAGAAGGUAGCGAGAAUAAUGGACAAACUCUUGGACCGUGACGUGCACCAGCUUAUCAAGUCACCAAUAGUGAGCAGCUACUAUAGUUCGAACCCUCCAACGAAGAGCCAGCUGUCAGGUCUGCGAAGGGAGAAGACGUGUUUGUCGCCGCUGACAGGACCAGAAGCUUCUGGUGCAAACGAAUGCAUGGUAGGCGUCAACAGUCGACCUCACAGCAGUACCAGCGCCGAACUGGAGACGGGCAUGAGUGCUCUGAGUGUCCAGCCUCAACCGGCUCAACAGUCCGUGCCCAACAGGACUAAAGAGAACAAUUCAUCCCGUCACAGGUACAAGAGCAAACGCGCCUCCAUCGCCAAGCCUUCGAUUCCGAACCAGCCAUCCGAGGCAGGUGCCCACUUUAUGUGCGAGCUCGCCAAAACAGUACUCACCAAGGCUGGCGGUAACAGUUCCACAUCUCUCUUUACUCAAGCCUCCACGAGUCAAAACCAUCACGGGCCACAUCGUGCUUUGCAUAUGUGCGCCUUCCAGCUUGGUCUUUACGCUCUUGGACUGCAUAACUGCGUUAGUUCGAACUGGCUGAGCCGAACUUACUCGAGCCAUGUCAGUUGGAUCACUGGUCAAGCUAUGGAGAUCGGAGCACCGGCUAUUUGGUUUUUGAUUGACAGUUGGGAGGGCCACCUCACACCUCCCGAGGCUGUUAGCAUUGCUGAUAAGAGUUCCAGAGGCAGUGACCCGAGUAUGGUCAGAGCCGCUGCAGAAUUGGCACUGUCAUGUCUGCCUCACGCUCACGCACUCAAUCCGAAUGAGAUUCAGAGAGCAAUAUUACAGUGUAAAGAACAAAGCGAUGUCAUGCUCGAGAAAGCCUGCAUCACCGUCGAAAACACGGCCAAAGGAGGCGGUGUUUACCCAGAGGUCUUGUUCCAAGUUGCGAAGUAUUGGUACGAGCUCUACUUGAGGCAUACUCCAGGCGGAGAGCAGCAAGACGAAAUGCCUCACGAGUCGCUGCAGUUGGACGCGAACGGAACUCUCAUGGUCGAACCUGGUCCUUCGGUCGACAUGACAACUGGUCAAUUGAUGCCUGGUCAAGCGCAGGCGGUCGUCGUGACGAGCGCUCAGCCACCGCCCCAACCCUACGCGCAUCCAGCCAUUACGACCCUGGCUCCCCUGGAAGUUGGCAUGCCGUAUACCGUCAGCCCUUACAGUUUUGUGCAUCCGCACCACCCGUUCCCCCACCAGCCGUUCGCUGGUCCCAUGCCACCGCAUCGCGUGGCUCUGCCGCCCCAGCCGCCUAACAUGCAGAUGUACCACGCGUACCCACCACACCCGGGUCACCCGGUGCAGCAUCCUCAGCUGCCUCAGCAUCCACAUCACCCACCUCAAUCGCAGCCGCCGGCUGUACCGCAAUUCUAUCCACAGCCGACCGUGACUACGGUCAAUGUGCAUCCACCGCCCGGUACUCAACAUAUGUUUACCAUGCAGCAACCCGUGCCAGUAAACGUGCAAGCUGGAUUGCCUUCAGGGCCAAUGCCAGGUCAAAACGGUUUGCCCGGCCCAGCUCUGAUGCAACCGCAGCCGAUCAUGUCAACCGUCCGCACUCAGCCACAAUUCUAUUAUCUAAAUUCACAGCAGGUACAUCGACAGAAUCAGUCGUUCACGCCGCAGCAGUUCCGGGCACUUGUGGCUGCAUACCGGGUCGGUAUGCUGGCUCUCGAGACUCUGGCGCGCCGCGUUCACGAUGAUCGGCCCCAGGCGAAGUACGCGCGUAAUCCACCAUACGGCGAGGAUGUCAAAUGGUUGUUGCGCGUAUCUAAGCGCUUGGGAACGCAAUACCUUCACCAGCUUUGCGUCACCGUUGUCAACGGCAUCGUCAGUCCGUUCGUGUUGCACGAUGUCGCCCUAGAGGCGGCCUUUUACCUUUCUAGGAACAAUCCCACUCUCGUUAUCCAGCAUCUCAGAUCCGCGCUCUUGGCUCCGCUUGUGCACAAGUGUCAACAGAUGUAUAUUCAGUGCAUGCACCAGAAGCUAUAUCACCUGAGUACACCGGACUACGAAGACUUUGCUAGCAUUGUACGUGCAGCGAGGGCAGCUUUUCACAUCACACCGGAGGGGCAUACACAGUUUAAAGAAUGGCUCCAAUCUAUAAAAAGUUUCUCUACACGAUGUAGGUCGCAGUCGUGCAACAAGGACCUUUGGAUGCAGAUCAACGCUGCACUCCAGCAAACCGGUAAAUGACACAAAGUGGAGCCAUGGCUUGCGCAUCGUCCGCAGCAGCAUCCCUUCGAAGAUUCUCAUUUUGGCGCGGCGGCAGUAUCAACCACAACAGCGGUGAUCCCGUCAGGUAGCGGUAAUUCCACCACUACGACUCCUACUGUAAACAGCAUGGGCAAUUCAGCUUCAACGUCUGCGUCAGCGGAAGAACUAUCGGGCUCGUUAGAAGCCGUAGCGAACGUCGAUGUAAAUGGCGAGCUCUCGGGUAUCAUGAGAGACAUGGAAAUGCGCCAGAACAAUUUUAUGGCUAGACGCCGCGAUAACUGGUAUCAUCGCCGUCACACCACCGGCAAUCUCAAUAGCAAUAUCGCCGUAGAACAACAGCAGCAACCGUUAAACCGACCGGGACAUCCCCGCAGUCUCUCGCCUGAGGCACCCCGCGCCACGCGUAGAUAAAGCGACUUUUUUUCGGUAUAUUCUUUUUUUAGUUAAUUGUAACUCUGCGUUAAGCUCGUGUAUUGAUGGAUCAGUAGUGAACUUUAGUAGCGGGCCUUGAAUGUUCUUAGAUAAUUUUAAGACUGGAUAGAAUGAAUUUAUGACUUUUGUCUGUAUGUUUAGACUUUUGUAAUUGAUUAAUUUUUGGGAGAUUUAAGUAAGUGGCCACACGAGGCCUCUUAUAUUACUGACGUUCAAGAUUUUUGUAUUUCUCUUAAAUAACGAGUACUCUUAAAAAUUUGAAGUUAAUCGAUUUGUUUGAAACAGAGAUAAUCAAUUUAGUUUUUUCACUAACUAUGAAUUUUUUAAGUUAACACACACGUAUUAUGAGUAAAUAACAAAAUCUUGAGUAGCAGCUUUUAUCAUUAGCGAGAUUUCUCGAACCUGUGGUAAAUGGAAAGACUAAAACUUCAUUGAUCGAUUUCAAUGAUAUUAAUUUGUAGAUUAUAAAUAUUUUAUAAUACUCCCUUAGAGCGAAACUUAAUAAAAUUUAAUAGUACAUUCUUCAGCAGAGUCUAUCACGUAUUAUUUAACGAUAUUGCACAGUGUGGAAUUAUAUGUGUUUUAGAGAAAAUUCAGCUGUGCAUACAUUUUAAAAGAGAGACUCUUCAUUCAAGGCCUGCUUGACAUCGAGCGUUUAGAUUGUCUACUUAUUCGCGAACGCUUGGACAGUUUUUUAGUUAAGAGAAUAAAUAAAAAGUAGAGAAAAUCGCAAGCAGUAAAUGUGCGUAUGGCACCUAUUGUAAUCGAAGUAAUUACGCGUACGUCAUUGAUCAUUGUACCGAAAAUAAACGAGGAACGAAAUACAGAACGCAAAUCCGAUCAACAUGCAACAAUUAAUAAAAAAAAAAAUAGAAAAAAAUAAAAAAAAAGAUAAACGAAAGAAGGAAAAAUGGAAAAUUGAUUUGUAUGUCGUUUCUGCAUGUCAUGUCGCGCAUUUGAAUAAAAAAAACAUUACGCUUUCAUCGAAUAUAUCAUCUUCAUUUUAGUUAGAAGAAAGUGUUUCUAGCUACAAUUAGAUAGGAAAUUUUAUUUUGAAACUCUAGAUAGGGUGAAUUCUCGUGUCUUGUUUCGCUUUUGUAAACAAGUGACAAAAAAUUUUAAUAUCGAUAUAAUGUCUAUUUAUAUAUAUAAAAGAAAAAGCGCCGACGCUUCGGACGCAGUCGUAUAGAGAUGAUAUUUACUUAAAAAUAUUAAAUCCAAUUUUCCCUUAGUGCGUAGAAUAUUUUUACUUUUAUCAUGGCAAUCACAUCCCUCCAAGACUUAAACUAUCACCCUAUUCACGACCCUAUUCUCCCCUUCCGCUUUUCGUUCUUCGAUAAAACAAAUGACUUCGCGUAUUUCCGUAUUAUUGCAUAUAGUACGAUAUAUAGAUAGAUAGAUAUAAAUAUAUAUAUAUAUAUAUACAUGAAAAAAUUUAUAUAUAAAUAUACGUAUAUUACGAUAUACAUUAUAAACAAUCGCAACAUAUUUUCAUUUUGUCAAUCGACAAUCCAUCGAGGAAAAUGAUCUCUGUAAUUCUUAAAUUAAAAUUAUUUAAAAAAUAUAAAUAAAGGAAUGAAAUUUAAAUGACAUAUCAUCGGUUUUGAGCCACCUAUCCAGUUUCACUCACUAUUUCUGUAACCUGUAUUCAAAAACCUGUUAUCACAACAAAUCCAAAUAAAUGAGAAUGAACCAUAAGCGUACUAUUGUGUUUAGCAUUUGAAAACUAUUAUUACCACAUAAAUCAAAAAUAGCUUCUAUAAAAUUGGAUAAAAUUAUCAUUAGGUGGCUCCGCAAUAGCAAAAGAUAUCAAAAAUCAUACUUAUUCCGUAUUUCUAUUUAAGUCUUCGUUUGUGUAAAAUUGUAUCAAUUUUACUUUAAGAAAAGAUACAGUUGUUAAAAAAUGCAUACUUUCCAGUAAAAUAAAAUUUUUUAAUAAUAAAAAAAAAACAAGGAAAUGCGAAGCAAAUUUUGCGUCCUCAAGUUGUCAGCUAGCCUAGCGUAGACGCCUCGAAAUAAAUUUGAUGCUAACAUUCAUAAUAGAGAACAUUUUUUUUUUUUUGUUGAUACAUAUGAGAUGAAUCAUGAAAGAAUAGAUAAACUAAAAUGAAGGAAAAAACAGCAAUUAUGGUACUUGUGAAAAAAGAUUCAUUCUGUAGCACCGCUGAUUUCUGCCCCUUCAAUGCGUGUAGCGACAUUAUGAAAAAAAAUAAGGAUAAUCUAAAGAUAAUUGUUAUUGUUUUCUUAGUAUUGAACACUGAACAGUGCCUCGUCAAAAUCUAUGUGAACACUUAUUCGAAACUGAGAAUGUUCAAUGUAUAUUGCGACAUUGUCCGCUCUCCGAUGUAACUCGUAUAAUAUUAUUCGCCAGUGUUAAAUGUAAUACAGAAGAGAGAAAAAAAGUAACAGAGAAAAGAAAAAUUUGUAUAACAAUAAGAGCAAGCAGUUGUAUAGUUGAGGUAAAUAUACGUAUGAACAGAAGAUAAAAGGAAAUAAUAAAUGCGACGUAUUUCCAGAGGGGCUGACCGAAUUUUUUUUGAGAAAGCCGCCCUUUUAAUGAGUAAAAAGGUAGAAGAAUGCGUGAGAGGUUGGCCCCUGAACGUGGCUUGCAAACGAUACACGCGUGCGUGCGUGUAGUAGCUGUAAAAAAUCGACGUGACCGACGGGCACAGAAGUUGAGAGACUCACUCUUUCCCACUGUUGCUGGAAUGUAGCUUCUGGUUCGGCAUUUUUUGUUGCUUUCGUUUUCGCCAAGCUGAAAAUUAGAAAAAAAUUACAACACUUAUCGAAUAUAAUGAGUAACAGCUAUACAUAUUGUCAAAGUGUCUUUUCAGCGAUGUUCAUACAUCAUCAAGCGAGAAAGAAAGCAGCGAGUCUAUAAGAGAACGAAAUGUCAGUCACGCCGUAUCAUUUCAGGUGCCAAUAAUUUGCGAACUAAUGCAUUAAGUGUUUAGAACAAGAUGCAUAAUUAAUAGUAAUUUCACGAUCAUUUAGGCUCAGCAAAGCUGUUGUCCGCCGAUGACAGAUUAAAGAGCAAUAUUAAGUAAACGGCGGGAAGAGUAGAAAAACAAUCGCGCAUCAUCAUAGAAAAUAAAACACGAUGAAAAAACGCACGCAUACCGAGAUGUAAAGUAAAACUUAAAGCACGCGUUGUGUAUAUCAGUAUUGGACAUUAGUAGGUAUAUUUAUUGCAAUACAAAAAUCAUUGUCUAUUUUAGAAUUCGAAUUUUCACCGGAUAUAUAUUGCGAAUCAAGAAAUUACGAAAAAUCUAUAGAAAAUCAAAUGCGUUGCGUAUUUUUAUCAGCAAAGUGCCGUCGUGAAGUCAACGUCAAUAUUAUAAGCGCGAUUGAUGAAGAAAAGUGCCGUUGCCGUUGAGCGUUAUUAAAAGCUCUAUAAGCGUGUCGCUGCGUCGAUUUCGUAAUAAAAAAAAACUAAGAAGAAAACUUGGAAACUUCAUUUUUUGCGUGGUCGUCAUUGAAAUAGCGAACUAGUAUAUUAGCGUUAUUAUCGAUAAAAUGUAAGAUAUAGAUUUCAGAGAUUCGAAACUUGCACCCCUUAGCCCUAAUUUCUAGGCUCCUUUUGUCUAUAAGAAGUAAGAUUAAAGCGUAGUAUCAUCGAAGUUGUCCUUAGACGUUAGAGAUUCAGCCUAAAUAUUGUAGUUGUAGAAUACCGCUUAAGCGAUUACUUGGUCGAAGCGCAAAGUGAAUUCUAUUAAUCUUUAGUUUUAUAGAAUUUUCAUUUUAGUUUCGAGUUGAGCAAUUCUAAGUUACGACCCAUAAUGUGUUUCUGCUUACUUGAAAGCGAAAAAUUUGUAUUGUAUUUAAAAAUUACUCUUCUAAAUGAAGUUUCACGAGGAAUGCGCUUCGACGGCAACGUACGUGUAGAUCCUCGACGGGGACACAAUAUAUACACAAACACAUACACGAUAAGCAGCCGUGCGUCUAGAUAAAUCACAACUACGAACCGUAAAAUCUAAAUCAAUAAGGCUCUCUUGUUUUUCACAUUUUCGAGGCGAGUUAUUAUAUUCUCAAACAGACAAGAAAAGAAAUUACACAAUCUCGCGUUUCUACCCUCCUUGUAAAUUAAGGUAACGAAAAAAGACACUCUCAGUCAAAAGCUUCUUCCCUAGCUCUGCUAAAAGAAAAACUUUUUUCCUCUUGCGGUUAGUCGCAGCGCGGAGACAAGCGAAAGAGGAGACUUAAUCCAUGCGCGGAAGAGUAAAGAGAGGCGAGGAGAUAUCUAUUUUUACACUUGGUCAAGAUUAAAAUAAAAACAUGUUCUUCAAAACGAAAAAAAAAAUCAGAAAAAAAGAGCGAGAAGGAAGCUGGACGAUAGUUCGAAUUUAAGAGAUACAUCCGUAGUUUCGUAUCGUAGCGUUUAUUAACGAAAAGGUGAAGAAAAAAAAUUGUAUUAGCACUAUGUAGAAACGCGAGAAUUCUUAUCGUAAUACGAAUCGUACGAUCUAGUAAAAGACUUCGCCUUCGAGCUGUUGAGACAGAAGGAAAAGAAUCUUGCGAUUUGUUUGUGUGCAUCUCGCUUAAUGGCAGUUUGUCCUGAGCUUUUCUAUCAAGGUUAAACGGAGAGAAGUGUCAGGCGCGUGGCGAAUUUCCAUCGGAUCGCGAUGUCUUUUACUGGCUUGAUUUCGAUCAUUGGACUGUAUCUAUAGUGUUUCGCUGCAACGAGUUGCGCAAUGGAUCGUUCUGAAUAUUGCAUAAAUGUGUCGAUGUAAUAGAGCUGCAGAGACUAUGUUUUCAUUUCUAUAUGCGAGAAAAUGACAGUUUUUGAAAGAAUAUAGUUCGGAUGUAAUUUUGACAGAGAAAUAAUUUAUCAACCGACGAAUUGCAUUAUAAAUCCGUUACGAAACUUUCGAACGAGUUGCACGUCGUGGAAAAAUAAAUCUAUAUAGUCAUGUAUCUUCGAUAUCUCAUAAGACUUGAAAAAAGAGAGUGAAAGAGUGCGCAGUUAGCGCGUGUAAUGCGUCAUCGUCGUUUAGUCGCAAUUACCAUUGCGGAAAUAGGAUGUAGGCGAUUCUUCUAUGAUUCAAUUUUUCAACGAGAUUUUCGACGAAAAUUUACAGAGCGGAUUAGUUGAACCCUUUUUGCAGAGGCUGCGAUUAACAAUCGAGACCUAGAUUUUUCGGUUCUUUGGUAAAUUUAAGCUUGACGAGAACUGAAUGUAGCGAGAAACUACGUUUGACUUGAGUAAAACAAAUCAAUCAAAAACUUAUUGAAAAUUAAGAAGAUACUGCUCUGUAGUACUUGUGUAAUUGAUUUCGAUUUAGCGAUUUGGACCUUUACUAUACGUAUAAUAGUUGAUUUCUACAAUUUUUCUAUGCGAUGAAUGGAAUCAAUGAACUUUCAUAAGUGAUUAUUUUGUCUUGUAUUGAAACUGCCUUGAAAUAUAAUAUACACCGAUUAGAAAACUCUGAAGUAGUGAAAAAUUACACUCGAUGAAAGCGACGAAUUACUUAUUGUGACCGAAUAUACAACCUACUAUAUUAUUGUACCACAAAUGUAUUUUCUUAUGUAUGAUUUUCCGCCAGGCAAAAAUAAAAAAAAACGAAGAGCUUGCACAUCGUGCGCCAAAGAGGCGCGCAUGGUGUGCAUACGUAUACGUAGAAAACAAACUCUAAGUUGACACAUUAUAGAAAUCUAUGUACAAAUUUAUUGAGAUUGCGUUAUCGUCUGGAGCACGUUUCUUCCUUAAUCUCGCGAUUUUAUUUGUGAAUGGCAAGGCGCCAGUAAGAGAUUGUUGAAUGCCGCUUUUUCGAAAAGUUUUAUUUUAUUCUAUUUUUUCCUAUAAAUUGCUCGAUCAUGACAUUCUUAUGAGAACAUCAACCAUUCACCGCAUGAAAUAUUGCAAGGUAAAAAUCAAAAGAACAUAAAACGUAAUUUUGUUAAUAAUUCUUUAUUAUCGAUGACGCAAAUCAAUCAAAAUUUUUCACCGAGUUGUAUAAAUAUCGAUUCAACAUUCCGAGAUGUCUGAAGAAGCAAAUUUUUCGAUAACCGAGCUAUUUAAAAAUUGAAUCAUGUCUAUUUCAGUUACAUUCUCAUUUGAUUAAUUCUGCACACUAUACGAUUCUUGUUAAUUUUCAGCGCUUCAGUCUGUAUAUAAAAUGACAUUGGCUUAUCGGUAUAUAUUAAUUAUAAUAUUAAUAUUAUAAUACUAACGAUAAUAUAAUAUUAACGUAAAAGUAAUCAUAAUCAUAAUGAAUAUAAUGAAACGAUAAACAGAAACGAAGUCGUUCUGCGACAAGAUCUCAUCGGCGAAUUUGCGAGCGAGACUUUGUGAGACACUGAUGAAAAAUAUAAAAAGAAAAAAUAAAUAAAAGUAAAAGGUAAUAUCUCUGAAUUGAAUGGCGAGGACAGUGCGAUGAUUCUCCGAGCGCGCGAUGUGUACGAAAAACGUUCUUUCAAACGCGAGAAAGAGAGAAAAAUUCACUUCCUUCGAUUACGUUCUGGUUGGGACACGCGGUUAUUGAAUUGUGUGCAUCAGGCAACGUAUUAUUAAUUAUUAUCGAUUCGCAAUAAUUAAUAAUAAACUGCUUUCGCCUCUAGCUGUGCCUGAUUUGAAUGUUUUUACGAGAGGAGAAUACGUAAUUACGUAAAAUUACGUAAGGUAUUAUCAGAAAUCGAGAGACGAAUUUUCAUUGUUUCUGUCUACUGGAAUGGUGCGAUUUGACAGCAAAUAUUAACUCUAUAACAACAUUGAGUAUAAAUCACGUUCAAAAUGGAACUUUUGUGAAAUAGUUAUGCUCGUAAUAAUAUUAACGGGCACAGCUGUAAAGCCAUUUGUUUUCUCACAUGAAGUGGAUUUGAGAAUUAUCGCUCACGAUAUACGUUUAUAGUUUUAGUCGACUUAAGUGGUCAUUAUCCGAUAUGUGUACAUAUAAAAAGUUGACGCAUGUAUAUUCAUUGAUAAAGGAAAAAAAAAUAAGAAAAUGAACAAUUCCGCAAAAGUAUUAUAUUUUUCUUAAAAAACGACUAAGUAUCCGCCAGAGCGAGCAAAGAGAGGCACGUAUAUAGCUGAGAAAAAAAUAAAAAAAAAUAAAUAAAACUAACAGAUCUAAACUAAGAAUUCGCAAGGGCAGAAUCACGUAUUCUAAAGAUAAAAAAAAUAGUAAAUAAAUUCGGCGACUUUGGAGACGAUCGCACGGUGCUCCGCGGCGACUGCGCGACAUAAUUAUACAUAUAAAUGUGGAUAACAGAAACAAAAAUAUAACUGUAUCAUAAAAGAAAGAAACAAAGGAUGUGUACGUCACUGUAAUACCAAAAAAAAAAAAAAAAAAAAAAUGAAAAAAAAAAUAAAAAUAAAGACGAGAGAAUAGUUAUACAGAAGCCAAGCCGAUAUUCGCCACGAGCGCAUCGCACAUCGCGCGAUCAAUAUUUAUAAUUGACGUCGUUGUGAGCGUGAAUUUGUGUCGAAACACUAUUGACGGACAUAUGCACGAGUUAGGUAGGAGGAGAAAAAUUGAAUAAUCGAAUUGACGACGCGAGGAACAAUAGAGACGUGACAUAUAGGAUAGACGCGAUGUGCGAGCGCGCAACGAGUAAAUAUAUAUUAUAAAUAAUAUAUGAUGAUAAAAAAAGAAAUAAUAAAAUAAAAAUAAUUGAUGUUUGCUAUGUGUUUUUUCCUUCGAAUUUUUUCGACUAUGCGCGAGCGAGCGUAAGUAUGUACUUCUCUUACACGACGAAUUGACGGCAGUUUCGAGAGAUAAGGUUUGGUAUACCGGGAAAGAGACGGAUGGUAAAAAAUCGGGGAUGAUGAGCGCAAUGAUGGUUACGAUUAUGGUGAGAAGGAAAAAAGUGGAUAAUGAGGAAAUUCAGGCUAGUUCGUAUGAGAAAAGAGAAAAUGACGCGCGUAAUGUACUGCGAGUAUAAGAGCGAAGAGUCUCAUUGAAUAUUCCACUUUAUAAAGAGAGUUACAUGUUAAUGCGAUUAUCAUUAUGACUAUGCCAUGGUAUAAUCUCAUGAAUAUUGUGGAGUGGAUCUAUUUAUGAAUCCGUCGAUCGUUGAUGUAAUCAAACGUGUUCUGAGUGAAUUUUAAUAGAACACUUUAAAUCGA